UAUUGCUCAAAUUUUUAUAUAAAUAUGACGUGAAUAUACAAUCAAUUUUCGGGUGUUCGGAAUGUUUAAUAAAUGUUGAAAUAUUAACACUUUUAGAAUGUUUAAAAUGAAUUUGUAGAAAAGAUGGCAGUUAUGACUAAUUUAAAUCCUCAGAGCAAUGAGAGCAAUCAAAGAAAAGUAUCAAAUCAGGUUACCCUAGCUUUUAAAAUAUUUAUGACUGGUUCAGUAGCAUCAAUAAUUUGUUCUUUUCUCCUUCAACCACUUGAUGUUAUAAAAACACGAUUACAAACUCCAGAAUACAAAAAACCAUUAAAACGUGGAAGAAGUAAGUUUAACAUAAUUAAUAUGAUUUAUGAAAUCAAAGAAAAAGAAAGUUUGAAAAUGUUGUGGGCUGGGAUGACGCCUACAUUGGUACGAGGUAUUCCCGCUGGUGGCAUUUACUUUAUGUCUUACGAUAUAAUAAGAAGUCAUCUGUUUUCAGAAGGACAUAUUAGUACUUUGGAAUCCAUAAUAAUUGGUAUGAUGUCUAGAACGGUCACCGAUAUAUCAGUUAUACCAUUAACAGUCGUAAAAACGAGGAUGGAAAGUGGCGUUUAUAGAUACCCCGGAAUUUGGGCAGGACUUAAGAUAAUAUAUUCACAAGAAGGAUUUAGAGGAUUGACGUCAGGGUUGCUUCCAAUUCUAGUUCGCGACGUUCCAAUGUCUGGAAUACAUUUGAUGUUCUAUAUUCAGUCAGAAGAACUGGUUCCACGGGCUUGGCGUGAUACACAUCCCUCGCUAGUUCAUUCCAGUUGUGCCGCUUUAGCAGGAAUGGUAGCUUCCUCUCUAACGCAUCCCCCCGAUGUUGUGAAAGCUCACCUACAACUUUCUUCCAGUCAACGCCGAACAACGUGGCAAGCAGUGGCAGAUAUCUGGAAGGAACACGGCAUCUAUGGAUACUUUCAAGGUCUCGUGCCAAGGUUACUGAAACGAACUAUUUUCGGUAUGAUUUCGUGGACAUUGUAUGAAAAAGUUAAACAAAUGCAUUUUGAGAGUAUGUCUAAAGAAAAGUAGGUAAAAUAAGUGAAUAAAUAAAUGUGCA